AAUGGCUCCUUCACGAGGUCCACAAGCACUUGCUCGAACGCUCCAUAAAACACUCUCGAAUCACCGAGGACCUGUCCAUGUUGUUCGAUAUGCCAAAGGAACCGCAAAAUACGUCUUAAGUGGAGGACAGGAUCGCUCGAUACGUCUCUGGAAUCCAGACCUUGGUACCGAGAUUAAGAAGUUUGAGGCCCACGGAUACGAGGUCCUUUCCAUAUCUGUGAGUCACGACAAUACAAAGUUUGCAUCUUCUGGAGGAGAUCGUUCUGUCUUCGUAUGGGAUGUGACGGCGGGUGUGACGACACGUAGAUUGGCAGGCCAUAUGGGCAAGGUGAAUGUCGUAGAGCUUAAUGCGGAUGCGACUGUGCUGGCAAGUGGCUCGUAUGAUUCCACAGUAAGACUAUGGGACUUGCGGGCACCAGCACGUGCGCCGAUUCAAAUACUCGAAGAAGCUCGCGACGCAGUGCAGACCUUACACGUGGAUGCAACCACGAUAAUUGCAGGCUCUGUAGAUGGACAUGUCCGAACAUACGAUCUACGCAAAGGCGAACUACGUUCAGAUUUCAUAGGGCAGCCCGUUACCUCGGCUAUCCCCUCAUCUGAUGGCACCACGCUUCUCGUAUCUACGCUUGAUUCGCAUGUCAGGCUAUUCGAUACGACCAGUGGUAAGCUUCUCAAUGCUUUCACUGGCCAUAAUCACACGUCGUAUCGCUGUCGAGCAUGCUUUGGACAUGAAGAAGCGACAGUUGUUUGUGGGGAUGAAGAUGGUGCCGUUUGGGCUUGGGAUUUGGUCGAUGCUACAGUUUUGCAACCCAAUCCUCCGCCAAAAGUUCAUGACAAGGUGAUCACUUGGACAGAGCAUCACCCAACAGACCCUGGGGAGAUGGUUACAAGCAGCGCAGAUGGGACGGUGAAAGUCUGGCGACACCCGAGCUAGACUUCCUUUGCUACAAUAAGUUAUCCUUCCAUAUGAUUGUCCUUUCGUGUGCUAGUGCGAUGCA